AUGGAACCGCCCGCAGGGCCGGUGCUCUACCAAAAGCUGCUUCUCUGGGACCCCAGCUUGGGGUUUGAGGACGAUGAGGAGGAGGAGACAUCAGAGCUGGUCGCUCCCGACACCCGGAGGCCCCACGACUCCUUGGGGAACAAGUUUGGCGGGCUGACCGGGGCCUGGGCCCGCCUCGGUGCCGCCCUGCUGCUGCUGGCUGUUGGCUUCUCCCUGGCUGCGAGGCAACUCUACACCAGGGGUAACCCUACAGGAAGCCUGGGCUCAGCAGCCCCCCGGCCCGGCGGGCACUCCCACCACCCCGGCGUGUACCACCAUGGUGCCAUCGUCAGCCCUGCAGCCACGUGCUCCCACCUGGGCCGAGAGCUGCUUGUCGCCGGCGGCAACGUCGUGGACGCAGGAGUGGGAGCAGCUUUGUGUCUGGCAGUGGUGCACCCUCAUGCCACAGGGCUAGGUGCCAUGUUCUGGGGUCUCUUCUACAACAGCACCUCGCGCAGUCCAACUGCCCUGACGUCCGGCCCGGCCCAGACCCUGAGCCCUGGCCUGGGGCUGCCGACCGCUCUGUCCACCCUGCACUUGCUGCACACGCACUUUGGCCGCCUGCCCUGGCCGCAACUGCUGGUGGGCCCCGCCACACUGGCUCGAGAGGGCUUCCUGGUGGAUGCAGCCCUGGCUGCGGCUCUGGCAGCCCGGGGCACAAAGGGCCUCUGUCCACUACUGUGCCAUGCCGAUGGGACGCCCCUGGGCCCCGGGGCUCGAGCCACCAACCCCAAACUGGCAGCUGUCCUGCUCAGAGCAGCCCUUGCCCCCACCCCAGACCUUGCCGGGGACGCCCUGCUGAGCCUGCUGGUCAGAGACCUGGGGCUGCAGGGGCCCCCGUCUGGGCCCACGCCCGCCCUGGAGCCCGCACUGCAGCUAGCCAUGCCCCAGGGCCUCCUGUCCACCACCCCCGGCCCCUCAGCUGGUCCAGAGCUGCUGACAGUGCUGAAGGCAGCCCUGCGCUCUGGAGGGCCCAGCCCCGACCCCUGCCCAGCGCCCCUGCAAGCUCCCGUGACCCCUGUGGGCAGUGUCCUGGCCACCAUAGACAGCAGUGGCUCCGUGCUCCUCCUCGCCUCCUCACUCAACAGCUCCUUUGGCUCCGGACACCUGUCGCCAAGCACUGGGGUUCUACUCAGCAACCUGGUGGCCAAGCCAACGGCCAGUGCCUGGGCCUGCCCCCUCAUCCUCCAUGGCGGUUCAGAUGACACAGAGGCUGAUGUGUUGGGGCUGGUGGCUUCGGGAACCCCGGCAGUGGCCAGAGUCAUGAGUCAUGCCUUGCUCAGUCACCUGGCUGCACCCCAAACCCAGGCCCAGCCCCAGCAUCAGCAGGGACCGACACCAAGCACUAGUGUUUGUGGCCAAGGGACCCUGCUCCAGGUGGCUGCUCAGGCAGAGCACGCCCACGUCUCCAGUGUCCCCAGUAGCUGCUGCACCUUCCAGGGGUUCUAA